AGACAGUACCGCUCUACAGAGAGGCAAUAAGAAAAAAAGGCUGGGUGUUUUCAUCAAAUCACACAGGAACAGGGACAACCCACCUUGGAAAAUUAAAAGCACCAGUUUUUUUUAGACCUUUUCCGUUCAGAUAGAUUUUAUUGGAGUGAAUCUGUUUUUACAAAUAGGAAGGCUCUACCUGUGAGAAAGCCGCCCUCUUCUCUCUGCGUCGUGCCAUAGAAUGUCUCACAGCCCUGAGGUGAAGGAAGACCACAUGGAUUGCCCACUGUGCAUGGAACCAUUGGAGAUUGACGACGUCAACUUCUUCCCCUGCACCUGCGGCUACCAGAUCUGCCGCUUCUGCUGGCAUCGUAUUCGCACAGAUGAGAACGGCCUCUGUCCGGCCUGCAGAAAGCCAUAUCCAGAAGACCCUGCAGUUUACAAACCUCUUUCUCAAGAAGAACUUCAGAGGAUAAAGAAUGAGAAGAAGCAGAAGCAGAACGAGCGGAAACAGAAGAUCACAGAAAACCGCAAACACCUUUCUAGUGUGCGUGUUGUCCAGAGAAACCUUGUUUUUGUGGUGGGCCUUUCACAGAGACUCGCCGACACUGAGAUCUUAAAAAGGCCAGAAUACUUUGGGAAGUUUGGGAAGAUCCAUAAAGUGGUCAUCAAUAACAGCACUUCAUAUGCUGGUUCACAGGGUCCUAGCGCCAGUGCCUACGUCACUUACAUUCGAUCAGAAGACGCCCUUAGAGCGAUACAGUGUGUUAACAAUGUUGUAGUAGACAGCAGAACACUUAAGGCUUCUUUAGGUACAACAAAAUACUGCAGUUAUUUUCUAAAAAGCAUGCAGUGCCCCAAACCAGACUGCAUGUAUCUUCAUGAGCUGGGAGAUGAAGCAGCAAGUUUCACUAAAGAGGAAAUGCAGGCAGGGAAACACCAGGAAUAUGAGCAGAAACUCUUACAAGACCUCUACAAAACAAACCCCAACUUCCUACAGAACUCAACAGGGACUGGGGAUAAGACAAAGAGCAAAUCAGGCUUAUCACAGAGUUCCAACAGUACCAACAAAGACUCAUGGCCUUCAUUACAAAUCACAGGGAAGACACCCAAUGGGCUUCUAGAACACCAUAAGACCCCACCACCAGAUGGCGGCUCAGACUCGGAAAACAUGACUUCAGACAGACCAGACACAGAGUUGGGUUUAGGCCCCAUCACUGACCUACCCCCCUUCAUGCCAAACUGUGACCCUGUCAGCCCUAGUAACAACCUUUUGGAUGGCAUCAGUAUAGGUAACGGAGAAACAUCACAAAUCUCCAGCAAUGACUCUCCAUUACCCCCUCCUGGCCUGACUAAGCCACCACUAGUGGUGCCCAUUUGUGUAGCAGGGCUGACAGCACGGUCACCUUUUGUGGGAGUAGCAGCCGUGUCACAGUCACUCUUUUCAGACAACAGCAACUUCAGGCACCCUAACCCGAUCCCCAGCAGCCUGCCCGGUUUUCCUAGUUCUCUUCACAGCAACUCAGACUGGCCCACAGCCCCAGAACCACAGAGCCUCUUCACCUCAGAUACCAUACCAGUGUCGUCCUCCACAGACUGGCAAGCGGCCUUUGGCUUUGGCUCGUCGACCAAGCAACAGGAUGAUGACCUUGGCUUUGACCCUUUUGACAUCACCCGUAAGGCGCUGGCUGACCUCAUAGAGAACGAGCUCUCUGUAGAAGACAAAGCCUCCUUACCCACAACCACUGUAACGUCAGCACCAGGCUUCCCCCAUGGGCCGUUACUGGGCUCACUCCACAGCGGCUCCUCCAUGAAAAGCCCACUUCAGCCUCCUACAUCCUCACACUUCAACCCAAACUCCAGCCUGCCCUCACGGGGUUUCUCCCAGCUCCCACAUCGUGCCGUCUACAACUCCUUUAGCUUUCCUGGCCAGACGCAGAGCUCUCGACACUGUUGGAUGGGCAUGUCCAUGCGCAAUAACCUACCGCACUUGAAUCACAUCACUGGUCACGGCGCCGCCCCUUCUUCUGCUACACAUCACAGCAGCUUUUUGGACUUAAAUAUGGUGCCACAACAACAGCAUCGUCACAGUACGGGGCUUGGAGGUAUCUCCAUCACAGAAAACAGCAGCUCAGUAGAAAGUCUAAAUGUAAAGGAAUGGCAGGAUGGGCUCAGAGCACUUUUACCUAACAUAAACAUUAACUUCGGUGGACUGCCCAGUUCCUCUUCUUCCUCAUCUUCAUCCUCGUCUUCAUCCUCCAGCGUGAACCACACAGGCGGGAUCUCACACAGCCUCAGUUGGGAUGGCACAACUAGCUGGAUGGACCCUGCCAUCAUCACAGGUAUCCCAGCUUCCUCGGGCAACAGUCUGGACUCUCUGCAGGAUGACAAUCCUCCACAUUGGCUCAAAUCCUUGCAGGCACUCACAGAGAUGGAUGUCCCGUCCAGUGCCACAGUGCCCCCACAGCCCCCACACAGUGGGUCUUUCGGGGCCCAGUUCCCCCACAGAGCCGGCUGGGCACCUUAUCCAACCACAGCCUCGGCUAACCCUACCACCCAGUUCCACUUACCUCCUCCAGGGUUCCAGUCUGCCUUCAGACCCUCAGCCCAGGCCUCUACAGAUCUGCUACAGACUGCCGGCAUGGACCGCCAUUAGAAUCUGUGAAAUCUAAUCCCAUCCUCCGCAUCACAAAACACACAGCAAACACAACAGUCAAAUCAGUACAAACCUAUUAACAAAAUAACAAGAUUUUGCGUUUCUUUGCGGUCAUUUUUUCCCAUUUCUGGAUUUGUGUUUCUCCUGGUUUAGUACUUUUUCCUUGUUGCCUUAGUGUUCUGUUCCAGCUUUCCCGAUUGAAACCAUCACAUAAACAAGCCAGUAGUCAUAGCAAAGCCUAACAAGUACGUUUCUGAAAGGUAGGAGAUCUUUUAGAGGCUUAAUCAGACUUGUUAGACCAUGUUAGAACAUAGUACACAAUAUGUAGCAUUAACAUCAGUGCAAUAAAAGGAUAGUUCACCCAAAAAUGUAUAUUCUGUCAUUUACUCACGGGUUUAUUGCUUGAUUGCUUCGAUCACAAAAGAUUUUUGGCAAAAUGGCAACCUCAGUCACCAUUCUGCACAACAUCUGCUUUUGUGUUCUUUGGAUGUAAGAAAGACCUGAGGGUGAGUAAAUCAUGACAGGAUUUUUUUUUAGGUGAACUAACCCUUUCAUUUUGGACUUGCAUACCAGUACUCAAAAGAGCUUUGUCAAUGGAAAAAAAAAACCAUUUUUUUUAUUCCAUUGAAACAAAAUGGAAAGAAUCAAAAGAAAGAUUCUUGAUUAGAAGCAAAUCUGCCUUCAAAGCUAAACCAAAAAGUACAGCCCCAGUUCAACAUCUGCACAAGUGAGUGACUUCUUGUGAUGGCUCUUCAACCCAUCUCACUCUAAGCAAUCAAGUAGACCCUCUCCCCCCAAUAAAUACAGGGCUUGUUUGAUUAAAAGGGUACUUGACUUCCAUUAUUCUGAAGGAUCAAAUACAUAAUGAUGAGGAAGCAAAAAGCAUAAGCACUUUUUCUAUGGAUCUUUGGCCUUUUAACUUUGUUCUACCUUUAAUUUUUAAGGGUCAUAAAUGUGAAGCCCACUCUGAAUACUGUUAUGGAUCAUAUCGGCCAUACCAGUUAAAAAAAUUCUAAAUCUCUUAGAUGGAUUUUGCCUAUGACCCCUGCACCAAAUGACCUGCUUGGUGAGAGGGGCUUUCACUUUCAAUGCAACACCGCAUUUAACCUCUGUAUCAGAAGGCGGUGCUUUGCAAAAUUAAGAGGAAGGCUGUUCUAUAGAAGAGCUGGGAAAAUUGACCCCUUUAAAGUACAGGGCUUGUGUAGCAUGCCUGGUGGGCAAAAGUAUGAAUGUGGCCUAAUCGGUGUUUACGCUCUGACUAUGCUCCUUGAAGAAACUUGAAAGUAUGCAUGAAAUGUAAGAAUUAGAUCUAGUGUUGAUUCAUCAAAUUGAAACAAGGUGAUGUUUUGAAUGUGAAUGCAAAGCAUGAAACUAAAUGAUUAACUAUGUAAUUUAGAUGGAUGUAUUAACAAAAAAAAAUUGAAUUAAGGGCUUUUUCGAAUGUUCACAUUUGAAGAGAAAUCGGUUGCUUUUAAUCAGUAAUUUUACUUGGUAGUUGUUGAAGAGGAAAAAAGGCUGCGUAGUGGAUGCGAUCAUACUCUUUGUGUCUGUAGCAAUUACUUUGCACAUUUUACAGUUUCCACUGGCAUUGCAAGAUGAUUAUGAUUGGGUGCUAUAAUGAUGGUGAAAGCUGGGAUAGCAGCGCUACUGGGCAACAGAGGUAUUGGCUAUACACAAGGUCUCUUGUGACCAUUAACACUGUUUGUCUCUCUUACUGCCCCUCCUUUUCAGUUUAUUUUAAUGAUCUUAAUCAUGUAUCAGCUGUUUAGUUUCCUGCCGACUGUUCAGUAUUCAACAGUAUUCCAGAGGAAUGAAUAAAUUAAAAUCUCAUGAAGAAACCAGUACAGUUUAACUUAGGGUUUUACCCAGUUCUAAAAUGUAAGAAAAUUUAAGAAUUAAGAGCUAAAAGAAUUGUACCUCUCUACAAGUCUGGAUGACAAUGAAAACUAAAUCUUAAAUAAAAGAGAAAAUGUGAGCUUGUGUUGAAAAUUGUUAAUCUUUCUCAUUCAUCAUGCCUUUUGUCUACAGGGUUCCUACAGUCAUGGAAAGUCUUAUAAAAUAUAUCAGGUCAUUUUAAAAUUGUGAUUUCCAGGCCUGGAAAUGUCAUGGAAAUUAAUAAAAUCUUAAGAA